CUUCGUUUCCCACUUGGCUUCCCACGGCCCUUUCCCCCCUUCAAUCGCCAACCUUUGGCUGUCGAUCUUCAACCACCCCAGCCGCCGUCCUCCGCCUCGUCCCAAGGACUCCUCUGGUGCUCAUUGGCCUCCUUUCUCCCCACCCCAAUCUCCCCGGAUGCCUGACGCCGACCUCAAGAGUGUUGCCGUCUCCUUUGGCGUUCAGGUUGCCGUUGCCGCCGGCAUCCUGGCCGCCUUCAGCGUGCUCCGCCCAACUCAGAAGCGAGUUUACGAACCUCGUCUGGAGCUGUUGAAGGACCCGCAGCGACGGCCCGACCCCAUCCACAGCCGCAACCCAACCUCGUGGAUAUCCCUUGCGCUUCGCACCGAUGAACGCCGGCUUGUCCACAAAAUCGGCCUUGAUUCGGUCAUGUUCCUGGCCUUCCUGCGCCUGUGCGGUCGCUUCUUUGCCAUGUCAGCCAUCGUCUCGGUUCCGCUCAUGAUCUUCAACUACUAUGCCCCUCGCAUCACUGGCCUUCCGGGCUUCAGCGUUGACGAUACCAUCUCCGGGAACAUCACCACAUCGGCCGCAUCCAACUCGUCCAACCCACUCGACAAGAUCCCCAACCCCCAGCUGGUCACGCUCUCGCUCCAGAACCUGAACCCAGAUGCCCGCAACUGGUUCUGGCUCUAUGUCGCUCUCGCCUACAUUUACACCAUUGUUGGCUUUUACCUGAUUUACACUACCUGGACCACGUACGUCGAGUUCCGCCGUGAGUGGUUCCAAUCCGACCAAUUCCGCAAGGCCGACAACCAACGAACCCUGCUUCUCACGAACGUGCCCGAAGCCCUGAUAGCCGACGACGCUCUCAUCGGAUUCGUCAGCCGCCUCGGUCUCCAGCAAGCACCCAGGCAGGCCAUUGUCGGGCGAAAGGUGGAAAUCCUGCCCGAUCUCGUCCUGGAACACCAGCGUCUGAUGAGUCUGCUUGAAGUCGCUGUCUGUCGCAAUCUGAAACUGGCCGAAGCCAACAAGCCGCCAAAGGAUCCCUACCACUUCGAGGGCGGGCUCUUCAACAUCGGCAUCCUCGGCGGCCACCGCGUCAAGACCAUCGAGUAUUGCCAGAAGCGCCUGCAGGAGUUGGAGGAGGAAAUCUACGAGAUCCGCAGUCUCGGCGAUACGGCCUUCAAGGAAGAUGCGUCCGGCUUUAUCCUCUUUGACACCGCCGUCGGCGCUCAUUCGUGCGCCCGCCGGUACCGCGUCCCGGCCGCCAUCACCGUCAGAACCGGCCUGGUCAAUCCCCCGUCCCUGAAAGUGAGCCCUCACUUUGACGACAUCAUCUGGGAGAAUAUUGGUCUCAACGGGGUCGCCCGUCGCAGCCGUCAGCUCACUGCGAUCGGCAUCACGAUCGCCCUUAUCUUGCUCUGGACUGUGAUUGUCGGAUUUGUGAGCACCACAACCUCACUCGAGAGCCUCAGCCGCCGCUUCCCCGCCCUCAGCGACUAUGUCGCCAGCCACGAGUGGGUCAACGUCUUCUUCAAGGCCUUUGUGGCGCCCGCCGUCCUCGUUGGUCUCAACAUUGCGCUGCACUAUGGCCUCGGCUUCCUGGCGUACUUCCAGGGCGUCAGCAGCAACACGGGCAAGCAAAAGUCGGUCCUCCACAAGUUCUUUGCCUUCCAGGUCUACCAGGUCGUGUUUCUGGUGGCCCUGAGCUCGCUCGUCACGGCGGUGACCAGCUUUGUCGGCGGCAGCGAUGACGCGCUCUCGGCCUAUACUUGGGAGACUGCCCUCAAGGCAGCGUCUAUGGGAUUCAUCACGAGCUCCACUUACUACAUUGUCCUGAUCGCCGCCGGCUUCCCAGGAUACGCCACCGAAAUCAUUCAGGCCGCGCGCCUGAUUAUGGGCUACAUCAAGCGCUUGACCCUCCGCAACACCCCUCGAUCGGAAGAAGAGUUCAACAAGCUGCCGACUUUCAGCUGCACCUUUGUCUACAGCAACUUGCUCCUGGUCUUCCUGCUGGGAUCGGCCUAUUGCAUCGUCGCCCCGCUGGCCACCAUCUUUGCCUGGGUGCUCUUUUUCCUGGCCUAUCUUGUCAUGCGCUACCAGCUCACCUACGUCUACGAGACCCAGAACGAAACCGGUGGCACGUGGUGGCCCAAGGUCUUCAAUCUUCUCAGCAUAUGCUUUGGUUUCUGGCAGCUCGUGACCUUCAUCUGCUUUAGUUUCGUGACCAACGCCUCGACCCUGACCGACGGCGUGGCCAUCACUCGGGCCCAGAACAUCAUGCUCGGCAUCCUGCCCAUCUUCACUGCACUCUUUUGGUUUGCCAUCUGGAAAUACGUUGCCCCACGUGCUGCCUUCGUCUCCGAGGACAACAUGGUUCUCCAGGACUACCACCGACAGCAGACUGCCAACGAAGAGGGCGACAUUGUCCUUUCGGACCGCGUCUUCAACCCCGCCCUCACCAAGCCCCUGUGGACCCUGACCCUAUUCCCCCAGCAUCAACAGCAAGCCUCGCAAUAUUACGAGCCCAGAUACAAGGAUCUGUACGACUACAUCCGCAAGAAGAAGGGCGGCAAGGGAUUCGAGAACACUCGCGAGGGCAAGAUCGCCAAGGCCCGCCUGGUCAACCUGCCCCAGAUCCCCGGCCAUGGGCGCCACGGCUCCAACGGCCAGCCUCUGUCUCCUCAGCAGCAGCGUCGUCCCUCGAACAGCGCCGCCUCUCCUCGUGGUCUCCAGCAGUCUUCCUCCGUUAGUGGCCCUGGUGGCCCGCGACCCGUCCAGCACCAACGACAGCCUUCUAACGGCAUCGCAUCCAACCCAAGCCACGCUCCAUCGCAACACUUGCGUCAGCCCUCCGGCAAUACCGACGCCAGCUCUGGAUUCGGCGUCCAGCAGCAGCGCCAGCCAUCGUCGCAGUCCCGUCGACCCUCUGGCCCUCGCCCCCCGACCUCGGCGAAUCCCCGCAGCCCCGGCGCUCACGAGCAGUACGAAAUGAGCUCCCGGCGCGACGAUGCCUCUCGACGGCAGCCCGCCCCGCCAACGCAUGCCCGGUCCCCAAGCUCUGGCCGAAACCAGCCCGAGGAUCCGCGCCUGGUCAGCCGCGCCGACAGCCGCAGCAACCUGAUCUAGAGGCGACGCCGCUGCAUCGCUCUGGCCCGAUCUCGUUGAUGCUCCCCUUUCUCAAGUCGUUUCAUUGCCUGUGGCUGAAAUCGUCUGCGAGAUGACACCCUCUGGCCACCGCCCUUGUCGCAUUCCCAGUCCAAACAGCCGCUGUAAUUUUCCGUUCCAGUAUCUACAAUAUAGUGCUCGGCUGAGCAAAGUGUCGUGCACGAU